AUGGCCACGUGUGAAGUUUGUGGAGAUGGUUUCGCAGACGAUGCGGAAAAACACUUGUGCUCCCCGAGCCGAGACUCUUGCUCGCACGUGUGCCACGCGGAUUGCUUGCAGCAAUACCGAUUAAAGCAGGGCUGCCCUAUGCAUGACUGCCCAUUCUGUCUUCAGAAUGAAGAUUCCCAGGAAGAGGCUGAUGAUGCCGCUUUGCAAGAGAUGGAGAUUGAGGCAGCAAUGGAAGCAGAGGCUGUGGCUGAGGGGGUAAAAAGAAAGACCAGAGAAGAGGCAGCUUCGCCUGUCCGUGCGGGUGGGGGCCCAGCGGGCAAGAAGUUAGCAACCAACGCAAGCCCGCCAGCAGGACAACGCAGCCCAGUGCCGCCCACCCAAAGAUCCCCAAGCCCAGAAAGCCCUCCCUUCACACAGGGUGGAAGUGAAGCAGCCCGCUUGUCCAUUCCAAGCUUUGGGAUUGACAUCUACGACGACCUGAGUCGGACCAGCAAGGCAUCUACCACGGUGAAGGAUCCUAUGCACGACGCCAUGUCGGAGUACUUGGCUUGCAGGGAUGAAGCACAAAGCCUUUCGUUGCUUCACACCAAGAGCACAUAUCAAGGGCUUGGAAGCCCAGAGGCUUCUUAUCAAACCGUUCUGAAUGCAGCCUUGAAAGACCCCAGGGACCACCACGCUGUGGCAUCAGACUUUGCCUUCAGAACUCGAGAAGUGCUGCCCGUGCCUUUCGAAGUCAGCUUGAGAACCAUUGCCCGCAAGGAAGGUUGUGAGCCUGAGACAUUCAUGGCAGGUGGCGCCACAUGCACGGAUGCCACCAUCAAGGGUCUUCGUGCUUCUAUCAAAGAAUAUGCCCGUCUGCAUUACGGCAACAAAGAAAAGAUGUGCACUUGGCUGAACUGCGAAGAUGACAAGACAGUCACUGGAGAUGGUGCCACGGCGCUGACUCAUUACACCUUCGUUCACCAAGUGUAUGGACAGGUGUCGCUUUGUGAGUAUGUGCUCCAGCCGACUGCAAGCAUGUUUUGCAAGAGAAUCCAUGCGACGUGGCAAACAAGGCCAGUGACAAGUGACCCUGAUCAGCAGAGCCAGUCCAGCAAAGAGUUCCUGAUUGACUUCUUUGGUUGGAUGGGGCGCGUGGCAAGCAACCAGGACAAAGACCACUAUUUUGACAAGUUCGCCUUGCCCGUGCUCAGGAAGGCUUUGCAGGGCCCGAGCGCGUUGGCCCUUGAUAGGAUCAUAGAUGAGUUUGCCGUUGAGAUGACCAUCUUCGAUUUGGGACAUGCCUUGCAUAUCUGGCGUCGCCAAAUGUGCUUGUGGUUUGCCUUCUAUCGCUCCAAGCAAGUCCAAGCCUUGGUAGGCCCCAAAGCAGUGCCAGAUGUCAAGCCCCCAGGACUUGCAGAUUUGGAUGCCAAGAUGAAAUUGCAGCGAGUCAUUCUGUCCAAUCCUCGAUGUGCUGGUCCAACCUCCACUGCGCACAUUCGCUCUGUUCUGAAGUACCACUUUCAGAAGGAGAGAGAGGAAAAACCAGCAAAGUUCGUCUUGGCAGCAGUUAAAGACCUCUUGAAAGUUGGCAUCUUGCAAGAGGUUGACAAGAAGGAAGUGGAAGAACAGGCGCCCAAACUUAAGGACAAGAAAAGCGCCAAGAGCAAGGAGGCCACGCUAAAGAGCGAGCCACGAGGCCCGCCAGGUGGCCACGCUGUCCUGUACUACCAGACAUGUGCCUGGGAGGGCCUUUUGACUAAUUCGGAAGCUCAAGACAUGAUUGCCAAGCUUCAACUGAGUGCCAAUGAUUUCAAGUAG